AUGGCAUCCUUCCAAUCCCUAGACGGUGCCGUCGUCAGCUUCCUGAACUAUGGAACUGGCACUGCUAUUGAUCUAACUAAAGGGGGUAAACAGGAUGGCACACCUGUCAUCGGGUACGAAUACCACGGUGGAGAGAACCAGAAGUGGAAGCUUCAGAAAGUAGACAAAAGCACCGUCUGGCCAACCUUCACGAUCCGAAAUGUGCAGGCCGACACCAACCUGGACCUCUACCAGGGUGGAAAGGAGGACGGAACUAAGAUCACUGGCUGGGCAGGUCCUGCGACGGAGAAUAUCAAUUCUCAUCAGCUCUGGUACUUCGUCACCGCUGAUGAUGCCGGUACUGUGUUUAUGAUCCAAAACGUUGGAACUGGCACCUUUGUCGAUCUCCUCAAUGGCAACGCGGCCAAUUCGACUGAAAUCUCGGGCUGGGGAGGAUACGUGCAGAACAAGAACCCCCACCAGCUUUGGCGCGUCGUUCGCCACUGA